AUAAUAUUAUUCAUUUAACAGAUAAUAACAUCGAAUUUCAUUACAUAAGUUCCUAAUUACUUACCAAACCCCUAUAAAUAAUUAGUAUUAAAGGUCAUCAAGAUGAUCUUAUAAUGAUUUAAGAAACAAAAAAUUAGUUUCACACAUGUUUUAGUGAACUAGUUCACGAUUUAUCUACAAACUGUAUGCAAUAGAUAAUUUAAUUUUUAUUAAACAGCAUUCCAAUUACCAGUAUGUGGUUACAAAAAUUGGUAAUUUGUUUUUUGAUAAUAAGCAUUGUUGAAAUAAUUGUUUUGUGUGAUACACCGCCAGAGAUAAAACUCCAACGGGCACAACUAAUCAAAAAACAUCUCAAGAGGCUUAAAAAAGUCGACGGUGCUAUUAAAUUAGUAGGAGGUGCCGGGGAAUUUGAAGGGAACGUGGAAAUUCUUCAUGACGGUACGUGGGGCGCGAUAUGUGACGAUGAAUGGGACGUAACCGAAGCGAAAAUUAUUUGUAAACAGCUUGGAUAUUCCGGAGAAAAUGCUGUACCGACAGCAAAUUCUUAUUUUGGUCCAGCUAAAAGAAAAUUCUGGAUGGACAAUGUAUAUUGUGAUAACACGGAUACUGAAAUAACCAAUUGUCGAUUUGAUGGAUGGGGACAGCACGAUUGUACCCCUACUGAAGCCGCUGGUGUUAUAUGUGAGAAACCCGAAGAUAUAUUGAAGAAACAAGCUCCAAGACAUACAAGCAACAUGAUCCGAUUACCGAAAAAUAUGAAAGUGAGAUUGACCAAUGGUAGAGUGAAAACUGAAGGAAGGGUGGAAAUUAAAAUUCAAGAUGAAUGGGAGGUAGUUUGUGGAGACGGUUGGUCUUUACUUGAAUCUUUAGUCGUUUGCAAGACUUUGGAUAUGGGUUUUGCAAGUGACGCUAUGCAAACCAAUUACUUUGGAGGAAAUCUAACCAAACAAAGUUUAGCUAACAUAAAAUGUAUAGGAAAUGAAAAAUCCUUGAAGGAAUGUAUGUAUGACGAGCAUUCCGUUGGACAAUGUGAAAGUACUGAUGUCGCAGCUGUUUCUUGUACCCAAACAUUAGCGGAUUUAUCUAUCGACCACUAUGAGCUCAUGAGAUCUGCCCAUUUAGAAGACAGGCAAAUGUUUUAUCUCCAAUGCGCCAUGGAAGAAAAUUGUGUCGCUACAACUGCUUACGAAAUUCAAAAGGAAAACCCAGCUUGGCAUUUGGAUUCUAGGAGGUUAUUGAAAUUCACUGCUAAAAUAUUUAACGCUGGUAAUGCCGAUUUCAGGCCGGCCAUUCCUAAACAUUUGUGGGAAUGGCAUAUGUGUCAUAUGCACUAUCACAGUAUGGAAGUUUUUGCAACAUUUGAUAUAUACGAUGGAAAAGGGCAACGAGUAGCAGAAGGUCACAAAGCUUCUUUCUGUUUGGAAGAUAAUCAGUGUCUCCCUGGAGUGGCUCCGAAAUAUGCUUGUGCUAAUUAUGGGGAUCAAGGAAUAUCAGUAAACUGUUCGGAUAUUUAUAAAUAUACAGUGGACUGUCAAUGGGUAGAUAUUACUGAUCUGAAACCGGGGGUGUAUACCAUGAAAGUGGCAGUUAACCCGGAAUUUAAGGUGGCGGAGAUGACUUUUGAAAAUAAUGCUGCGGUUUGUGAUUUUCAUUAUACGGAAUAUUACGGUACGGUUACUAAUUGUAGUGUACAAAGGCCUUAGGUUGAUGGGAUUAGUUUUUUUGUAAAAAUAUGGAUUUUCAACGUUUCAUUCCUGGGGGGAAUUCUGUGUUUUCAUCCUCAGGGUACUGUAUUUUUCAAGAUUUAAUAAUUGGAAGUAAUUUUGGACAUAUAGUUUUUUCCAACAAAUAUUCAUUGCUUUUAGUUUUAGAAUGUUUUUUUUAAUAUUUAAUAAAAUCUAAAACUACCUAUCA